AUUCUGUGUUUGGUUAUGGUAGCUGAAACUAAUGUUGUUGAUCACCAGAGCCUGCCGGCGUCGGAGGUUCCUUUUUUUGUUAAAGGAAGUAAGAUCGAAGAUAUGGAUGAAACUCUCUCGAUUAAGUCACCCGUGUUCGGACAAGUUCAUGUUACUGAGUCGGAUUCGGCCGAGUUAUCAAGCUCUCAAAUGGAUGUGAAAUCUCUAGAAGAAGUUCCGGAACAAUGUAUUGAAUCCGCCAUUCUGCAAUUUUCCCCCAGCAUCCGUUCAGGUAGUUUCGCUGACAUCGGACCGAGGAGAAACAUGGAAGACGAACACAUUAGAAUAGAUAAUCUGUCAUCGCAUUUGGGAUCCGUUUUCAAGUUCCCAAACCCUAGUGCUUUUUAUGGGGUGUUUGAUGGUCAUGGCGGUCCUGAGGCUGCUGCGUAUAUAAGGAAACAUGCACUCAGGUUCUUUUUUGAAGAGAUCAAUUUUCCCCGGACGUGUGAAGUUGAUGAUGUAUUCUCGGAAGGCGUCGAGAACUCGCUCCGGAAAUCGUUUCUUCUUGCUGACCUAGCUCUUGCGGAUGAUUGUACUGUGAAUAGCUCUUCUGGGACAACAGCACUUACGGCUCUGAUAUUUGGAAGGCUUCUAAUGGUGGCCAAUGCUGGUGAUUGCCGUGCGGUUUUGUGCCGAAAAGGGGAGGCAAUAGAUAUGUCUGAAGACCACAGGCCUACUUAUCCAUCAGAACAGAGGAGAGUAGAAGAGCUUGGUGGUUUUAUCGCUGAUGGUUAUCUUAACGGUGUUCUAUCAGUUUCCCGAGCCUUGGGGGAUUGGGACAUGAAGUUUCCAAAGGGCUCGUCAUCACCUCUCAUUGCAGAGCCUGAGUUCCGGCAGAUGGUCCUUACAGAGGAUGACGAGUUCCUCAUAAUCGGGUGUGAUGGGAUUUGGGAUGUUAUGACAAGUCAGAACGCAGUUAGCCUGGUUCGCAGAGGUUUUCAGUGGCAUGAUGACCCUGAGCAGUGUGCUAAAGACCUUGUCAUGGAGGCCUUACGUCGCAACUCGUUCGAUAAUCUAACUGUGAUCGUUAUAUGCUUCUCUUCACCCGAAAACCGAGAGCAACCAGCUCCUCAGCAAAGAAGAUUCAAGGGUUGCAGUCUCUCACCAGAAGCCCUAUGUAGCUUGAGGAGUUUGUUGGAACUAAAUGCCAAUCAGUGAAUGUAAAUACUCGAAAACCAAAUCAACAAGCUCUUUAGUCUCGUUAAAUUUGGGAUCGAUUGCAAGAUCCAAUGCAUUAGAAACAUUUUAGUGAAUGUAAAUACCAUAUUUUAGAUAAUCUUGCCAAUAGGGUAUCAUUGUACUGUUUCUGACUGCUUCAGUUAGAGCUACAAAAAGCAGCUAA